UGAAGUCCCAAUAUGCAGCUCCCGGGCAAAUGUGAUGACGUACGAUGAUGGCUCCAAGAAGUGGAUCCCGUGCGGUAACGCACCUGGCCUGUCCAAGGUGCAGAUCUACCAGCACACCGUCAACAACACCUUUAGAGUUGUGGGCAGGAAACUAGCAGACCAUGAGGUGGUAAUAAAUUGCGCAAUACUGAAGAACUUGAAGUACAACCAGGCUACGCCCACAUUUCACCAGUGGAGGGACAGCAGGAGCGUCUACGGUCUCAACUUUGCCAACAAAGAGGAUUCAGACACCUUCUCCAACGCAAUGAUGACAGCUCUGGACAUUCUCAACAAUCAAAGCAGACCGACGUCUGGCCCUCCCCAACCACCAAUGAAUGCGCCACCACCUAGCUACCAACAGAUGAGUUACACACAACAGACAAAUGGACCGCCAGCAUUCAAUGAUCAAGUUGAAAUAAGACCACCAAGACAGCCAUCUGGAGGAGCUCCAGCAAUUUACCAGACAUAUCAGGAGCCACCAGCGCCAGUAUCAGCCCCCGUGGCACCUCCAGUGUCAACAAUUCCCACCCCUCCCGUUGUCCUUGCAGCGCCACCAUUCUCGGGGCCACCAUUACCACCGGCAGGGGGCCCACCGCCCGCACCUCCCCCGCCCCCCGCGGGCGGACCUCCUUUACCUCCAGCAGGCAGAGGUCCCCCUGCCCCUCCCCCGCCCCCUGCACCUCCCAGCAUCGGGGGUAUGGGUGGAGGUGGGGGUCUGGCGGCGGCCCUAGCGGAAAAGGCCAAUAGGCUGAAAAAAGUCAGCACUGAACCAGCAGCCCCAUCUGACAGUGCUGCCUCAGGUCGACCCCCUGCUGGGGGUGGUGUGGCGAAUGCAGGGAGGAGUGUUGGGGGCGGCGGACCAGUAGAUCACAUGGCCGAACUGGCAAAGAAGCUUCAGCGGAGGAAGAAUAUAGAAAAUCCUCAAGAAGCCCCCAGUGCUCCCCCACCCAUCCGCACGGUGAGCCCCUCACCGCCCCAAGAAAGAGUCUCUGGGCACGCAGCAUUUGAUAAGCCUGCAACCAAUGGGAACAAAGCCAAUGGCAUGCCCUCACCUGUCUUUCCUAGAAGUGCCGUUAACAAGUUUGGUACACUUCCUGCUCGAAUCAAAGGACCCGGGUCUCCAGCAUUCGUCAGGAGAACUGAUUCAUUGAAAGGGAGCCAGGUAGAUGGAGCAAUGCCGCCAAACAAGACUUCAGAUGAGCCCAGUGCAAUCUCCAGCAGUGAACUUGAGACACUCAAACAAGAAAUUCUCGCAGAGAUGAGGAAAGAGAUCAAUCAAAUGAAACAGGAAAUUUUAGAUGCUAUACGUGACUCAGCUAGAUAGAACCUAGCAAGAAUUAUGACAGUGACAUGGUUUUUAUUAGAUGGAAACUUCCUGAUAUGAUGUGGGAGUGAUGGAGCUGCAAUAGAAUCAAACGAUAUAUGUAUGUUCAGAAUCAUUGAGGUGCGAAGCACUUGUAUGCUUGUAUGCAAGAGAGCAUUUCAGUAGAACAGAGUGUACAAGUGAUAUGAUAACUUGUAUUUUGGACAUAUGGAAUAUAGUGUAAAAUCAUUUAUCAGUAGAACAGAGUGUACAAGUGAUUUGGUAACUUGUGUGUUGGACAUACAUUGUAAAAAUCAUUAAUAUUUUGUCAGUAUAAAAUUUCUUGGUUUGUCAAAAAAUGUCUUUUUAGGACACAUUUAUUUGUAGAUUUCUGAUGUUUGGAAGAAAAAAAGAGAAAUCUGCUGCAGUCACUUACCAAUGCUUUUGUGUUAAAUUUGUGGAUCUGUCGACCCAAAUAAUCUGCAAGAAAUACAUUUCGUACGAAUUGUAACGAUCUAAUAGAAAUCAUAAAUAACUAAACAAUAGUUUCAAUGUCUUGUUUCCUGGUCAUCGACUCAUUCAUCAAUAGUCUGCCUGUGAGUCUGUUUAUAGUAUUGUUGGAAAAUAUAGUAUUUUUUGAAAGACAUGUUUAAAGUCUUCCAUAUUGAAAUUAUUUCAAGUAUGUAAUUGCUAUGGAUUCAAUUUUCGUAUACAUAUUUUAUCGUCUUUCCUUGUCCACACUAGCCAUAUACAAUUACACUUUGCUUCCUAAUUUGCUUCUUUUUUUAAACUGGUAGUAAUGUAUCAUUUAUAAUUGAAAUAUAUGCUUAACACUUUUGUUUGCAUUCAUUGCUUAUGAUAACUAGAUCUUAGUGUAUUUGUUAACGUCACAAAUCAUAGCACAUAUUGUGAUAGAAGGCAUCAGUGCAUUAACAAAAGAAUAAAAUACUUAUUAACCUUAGUUUAAUGGUAUUUUGUUGCAAGGACUCAAUUGCUCAUACUAAUCCAUUAAAAAAGUAACCGCCAAUAAUAAUUCCUGAAAAGAAUUUGUAAUAGGAAUAGAUUUGAGUCUCGAUCCAGGAAAACAGGGGUUAAUGCAUUUGUGGUAAGCCUAACGCCAGAUUGGCCUGUGCAAUCACCACAGGCUAAUCAGGGAGGACACUACACACUUGCAUUAAGCUCAGUUUUCUCAGAAUGAUGCUCAUUUAUUACAUAUAAAUGAUCAUUUCAUACGUAUCCUCAUAUCCCUUAUCUAAAGAACUGGUAUGAGCUAAAAACUGAGUUACCUUAUCUUAGAAUUUCAAUGGGAAAGACAAACAUUCCAAUUAGAUCAGAGCUGCGUAACUAACAAUUAGUUAUGUUAGGGAAUUCAAAUGACAUCAGUUCCCAAUUGAUACAGUUGAUUGUGUCUAUAUUAUAAUCAGAUAUGUAAAUUCUGUAUUGUGUGUACACAAUUAAACAUGUAGUUUUGAUGUGAAUUUAUGUUUGUUUGAUCAUCUCUAUUUACUCUUGAUAUGUGGAAGAUAAACAAAUAUUAAUUGUAUCAAAGCAAUACAACUUAGCGGUAUAUGUACAACUUAUAAAUAAAUCUCUCUAUAUAUAUUUGUGUCAGUAUAACUUCUUUUGUGUCAUUUUCUAUGGUGCUUUCAUUUAUAUGAAUUAUUUAGUACACAUUUAUGUUUGCACUUAUACAUUGAAUUAGAUUUUAUUACAACAAAACAAUUGGACAAAACUAUUUUAUUUGAUAAUAAUGAAUGGUAAGUGUUGAAUUCAAAGUAACAAAAUGUGUAAACAAAUUCGUAGGACCUGGUUUGCAUUAUGUUACAUUAUAAGUUCUUGUCAUCCAGAAAGUGACAAUUGAUGAUAAUGAUGUCAUAAGAUUGAAAAUUAAAUAAGAAUCUUGCAAUGUCAAGUAGUAAUUUGGAAGGGUAUCUGACAGGACAUGUAGCAAAACAUUUCAGUCAUGCUCUGUAAAUAGGGGGUUUAAUGCAUGUGCAUAAAGUGUCGUCCCUGAUUAGCAUGUGCAGUCCACACAGGCUAAUCAGGGACGACAUUUUCUGCUUUUAUGAUAUUUUUCAUUUACAGAAAGUCUGUUGUUAGCAAAAAUCAGGUUUAGGCGAAAAGUGUUGUCCCAGAUUAGCCUGUGCAGGCUGCACAGGCUAAUCUGGGACGACACUUUACGCACAUGCAAUAAACUCCCUUUUUACUGGGCAUGGCCCAUUUUUAAGUUUAAAGCCAUAUUUUGUGGUUUACAACUGGCAUAUGAUAUUCUAAAAAAGUGGUAACAAAACAGUAUAAUAUUCAUGAUGUGGAAAGUGACAUCCAUUUGUUUCUCUUUGCUUUAAUUGAACCCCAAAAACAGCUUUUUUCAGCACAUAGUGUAAAUGCAUUAUGUAAGUUAAUUGUUAUGAUGAAAUGUUUUUAUUUUUAUAUGUUAUUUAGCCAGUACUAUUUGAACAUAUGCAUUAUUUGCUCAUUGUGUAUAAGGAAGGCGUUUUCUUUAUUUCCUGUUGUGUUUAUUGGCCUGAUGCCCCUUUCCUUUCCAAAUGUAUUCAUAAAUGUGACAAAACAGAUAAAUGUUGGCCCCUUUCUUGUCAUUAUUUUAUGCAGUUUAUUAAACAGUAUGUAUACACUAAACUCUUCACAUGUAUGUAUCUCAUGUUGUGAUCAUUUAGUUUUUGCUUCUGAAGUAAUAUUGCUUUUGGUCGCAAUUGUGAAUGUAAUAUAUGAGCUCCGCUGUUUGAAAACAGGGUUUAAUACAUCUGCCUAAAUAGUCAUCCCAAAUCAGCCUGUGCAGUUUUGGCACUUUCCGCUAAAAUGGAAUUUUUUGUUUGAAAAAGUCUUUUUUUAACGAAAAUCCAGUCUAGCCAGAUGGGUUGUCCUUGAUCAGCUUGUGAGGACUGCACAGGCUAAUCUGGGACGACACUUAUAGCACAUGCAUUGAGCCUGGUUUUGACAGAGCUUGGCUUAUAUAAAGAUCUCAUCGUAUUAACCCUUUAUGCUGAGCUGAGUUGAUAUUAAUUAAUGACAUUUAAUGAAGCAAUUGAGAAAAAAAUAACCCCACAUAAUAUUGUUGAAAACAAAUGGAAAACCAACGAAACUGCAAUUUUUUUUUUGAGAGGUGAUUAAACAAUCACCAGCUAAAAGCUUAAUAAAAUUUGUAAAAUGCUAAUCAGCAUUAUUCAGAUUCAUAUAAAUGUGUCAUUAAUAACAUACUUAUUGAUGUCAGUGUGUGUUGUACAACAUUUUAUCCCACUUUUACAGGGAAUUCGGUUGAUUAAAGCCCCGUUGAUUAAAUUUCUGCUAUAAACCACGGCACGAAAUGAUGUAAUUUUUUUCGACAAAAUGACUUCAUAAAUCCAGCGAAAUUAUCCAGUUAAACUAAUUUUGUUUAAAUAAAAAGGUUUAUUGAAUAAAAAGUGGGAUAAAUAGAAUAAUAGAUUAGUGUUGAUUAUAGAUCAGGUUUAUCAUUCUAAGCCUCACAUGAUUAGCCUGAUCUAUAAUCAACACUAACCUACUAUUCUCUAUUUAAGUAGUCACUUCAGCUGCCAUCACCAUUUCUAACAAUAUAUUCUUUCAUAUUCUGUUAGUUGUAAGUUGGAUACUUAACAUACUGGACUGGCUCUGGAAACACAGGGUGAAAUGCAUGUGCAGGAAGGCAGGAAGUGUUUUCCCAGAUAGCCUGUGCAGUCUGCUCAGGCCAAUCAGAGAGGAUACUUUCCACCUAGACUAGAGGAUACUUUCCACCUAGACUAGAGGAUACUUUCCACCUAGACUAGAGGAUACUUUCCACCUAGACUAGGUUGUCGUUAAGAAGAGACUGCCUUCAUAUUAAAAUUCAUUUAAAGUGGAAAGUAUUGUGGCUGAUUAGUCUGUGGAGAUGUCAUGGGCUAACCUGAAACUACACUAUACCAAGAUGCAUUAAGCACGGUUUUUCUAGAGCGCCUGCUCGUAUUGCUUACAUGUAGUUUUCUAGCCAUAUUUUAAAGAUAGUCAUUACCUCAUCAAGUACACAUCAUGCCUUCAUCCUUACUGCUCAUAUCUUUUAAUAUGUACUUGUUGUUGUUGUUCAUUUUUAACAGCUUUGUAAAUUGCCUCUUCAGGGGUGUGAUUUCUCCUCCCUUCAGCUGAUUUCCUUUCUUUAAAUGUCAAACUAAUGUUUACAAAUGGUUAUCAACUAUUAUGGAUGUAUUAUCAAAUGAAGAUAUGAAUUAAAUCCUGUUAGGGGGUAGGGCAUUUUCCUCCUAAGAGGUCUUAAUCUUAAAUUACACACCUCUGAAUUGAGCUUGUGAUCAAUUUUCUCAUUGGCUGGACAAUCUCAUGAUUCAAAAAAUGAUUGGACAGAAUCAUUGUCCAGGGCUUUUUGGGGGCUCAAUUUAUAAUUUGUUAUUGGGGCUUUAUCUCUAUGGCAAAACGUUCCUUUUUUCCUCCAAAAUCCAGUCCAAAAAUGCCAAAUUGAUGGUCUGACUUUGUGAUGUAUAGUUAAAGAGAUGAUUAGUCUAAAAAUAAAGAGUUUGGAUGUUGUAAUAUUCAUUUUACUGAAAUAUUAUGUUUGGAAUUGACUGAUUUAUGUAAUUUUUAACACUGAAAGCUCGAAAUUGUUAUAUCAAACAAGUAUUUUGUCCUCAAUUUCAAUUCCAAUUCCACUUGUUUAGAUAAUAUUCCCAAAAUGAUGAAUAAAAUCCUGUUGUCAGAAUAUACAAACGAAUAAUAAUUAUACACAAACUAACUUGCGUCAACAAUGUUAAAGCAUUCAUAAAGCUUUCAUAAAACAUUGCCCAUUUUAAUCAUAAGUUACAUUUGGCAUCGAAUUAUCAUACAAAAUGUUCUUUCAGUUUUUUACACUUUAUUUAAUAGGGAUAUAUAGUUUCUUAAUCGUUUGUGCAUAUAAUAACAUAACAUGCCAUAGUUAAAAUAUUAUAGCAAUGAUACUGUUUAUCAAUGCGUAGUUGUAUUUCACAUAUUUGCACCAAUUCUUAAUUUUACACUGUAAUAUGUGUGUACAAUGUGAUUGUUUUAUGUGUACUAUAAUUUCUUUUGAAAUAUGUGUUUGUUAAGGAAUUGUUAUAUCCAUAAAUAUGUAUAUGUAUCCUUGUUUUUGAUAAUUUAAGCAUUUUUAUUUUUGCUAGAUUUCUUUUUCAAGUCCUUUCAUUGAUGUGAGGAUAAGACUCUUUGAUUGUGUUCAUAUAUUUCCUUAUUUCCUGCUCAAAUACCAUGUGCUACAUUAAUAACAACAACUACAAACAUAAAUUUUGUUUUAUUAGUUAGAAGUGUACAUUGAUUUUAUAAAACAUAUGGCUCAGUUUUUAACAAUACCAGACGAAAAGCCUUGCAGUUUACGUUAGUUAUAAGCUUUGUUGAAAUAUUCAAUAUUGUGACAAGAUUGCCAAAUGUUCUUUGGAAUGUAUGCACAUCCCUCAAGUUAAUACAUUAUGUAUUGUUUUUAAGCUUAAAGAUAUGCUUAGGAAUGUAAAUCAGAUCUUUCUGUUUGUUAACCCCUUCCCACUCUUUGAAGUUAAAAUCGCUAUAUGCAACCAGCAUAAAACCACAACAGCCUGCAAAUAACUCACAUGCUGUUCAGGUUUUUUGCUGUUUGCUGCUCUUCAGUAUCUUAGGGUUGAAAAUGAAGCCUUGAAAACUUGAAUCUAUUAAACCGUCUUUCAUUUGAUUUUCUUAUGGACGACAAACUGGUAAAUAUUCAUAUCUAAGGGGUAAAGGGUUAAGAUUCUCUAAGUAAUUAUGUUGGGAUGUCACCAUCUUAUUGUCCACAGUACUAAAACGUGAAAUUUGCCAAACUGUAUUUUUAAUCACGGUAUUGACAUGCACCAAAUAUCUUUCAUUUAGAAGUGGUUACGUGUGAUGUAUGGCAUAGUUUGAGGUACAGCACUGACAGACUUUGGAACCACUCUGAAGCAUGUUAAACAGAAAUGUAUAUGUAUUGAACUGAUUUUAUUUCACUGUUAUCUCAACAAAAAUGCACUACAUUUAUUUCACAUUACCUAGCAUGAUUGAUAACUUUUGUUUUGCAAUAUAUGUGUAAGGCAUAUCUAUUCUGAAAGCAUAUGCUAUUGUUUGUACAUUUAUAGAAAUAUGACUUGAUAAUGAAUGAACUUGACCUGACAAAUGCUUUGCCAUUAUAUUUAUCAUUUAUAUUAUGUAUAAUAAACUUACAAUUUUAUAACAAA